AUAUAGACCGGCUACUUUCAUAACCCACUGGUUAUAGUUGUAUUCUGAUACUGGAUGUGAUUAAAAAUUAUUAAACUCAGCAGGUUGCUUCUUCUUUCAAUGCACCUGGGAUUCAUCUUUCCCCCUCACAAGGAUACAACUUGUAAAUCCACGUCACUACUUUCUUGCUUAUCGAUAAAUUUCUGCCUCCCCUGUUCUGGGAAUUCAAACCAUUUUCACCUGGUGUGCUAAAAUGUGUGGAGGUGCUAUCAUCUCUCAGUUUAUACCCCUCUCCUCUUCUCGCAGAAGAAGACCCAAUUCUGCGAAUUUAUGGGUCAAUUCGCACACCAUUCAAUCUUCCAAUGGAAGCAUUUGUGAUGAAUUGGAAGCUCCGAAGAGGGUAAAUAAGAAGAGGAAGUGUACUAAGCAGCAUAAGUACAAUUACAGAGGCAUAAGGCAACGCCCAGUGGGAAAAUGGGCUGCAGAAAUUAGAGACCCGAUUAAGGGAAUGAGGGUUUGGCUUGGCACUUACAACAGUGCUGAAGAUGCUGCCAGGGCUUAUGAUCGAGAGGCUUUUAAGAUCAAAGGAGCCAAAGCCAAGCUCAAUUUCCCCAUAACAGAGCAGCUGCCAAAUUUAGACAAUGGUCUAAAUUCAAAGGAGGGUUUAGUGGAAGUUGAUGGAGCCCCAAAGUCUGUGGAUCCAUUGACACAGGAGUAUCUUGAAUAUUUGGAGGCUGUGCUGGAGCUCAAACCUGAGAUCCCACGUACAAGAGCUAAUGUUGAAAGCCCCUGUUCUUCCUCUAAUGUUGAUAGCAGCCUGACUUCUGAUUCAGACCCUGGUUUUUUCAAUUGGGGUGGAGAUGAGGGCAAAAGCUCUGGUUCACUUUGUGAAUCAGCCCAUGUAAUGGAUUAUAAGGAGUUUCAAGAGGAAGAUAAUAGUGUGUUCAGUACAGAGGAUGAUGAAUGGGUAUUGAAUUCAAACAGGGCUGCAGAGCUGUUGGGUGUGUAUCCAUGUUCUCCAGUGGGGAACGGGGAUUUUCACAGCCAAAGUCCUCUGUAUAGCUGGGAGAGUGUCGAUGAUAACAGUUUGUGGGAUUGUAGCUUAUGACGUUUGACCUUCUAGGUUGCCUAUUAAAAUAGGAUUUUGUGUGGCUGUGAUAAGUUCUGGUUCAUUGUGAAAUCUUGUUUUUGUACAUGAUGAGAUCAUUUGUAGUGAACAGCUUGUUUAUUUUCA